AUGUUGAACUCAGAAAAUGAAAACGAGUUUACUAUCACUAAAAGCCAUCUGUUAAAAAAUAAAGAUCGUUGUGAUGUAUUAAAAAGAAAGUUAAAUAACUUAAGCUCUAUUAAAAAUUGUCCAAAUAAUGUAUUUAAAGACAAUUCAGAAAAAACAAAAACUGGAACAGUAAAAAAGCAUGAACAUGUUGAGGAAUAUAACAAUUCUGAAUGCUUUAAUGAAGAUAUAAAUAGUGAUGUUCAAGCAAAAAAUAAUUCAUCGAAAAAUAAGGAAACAAAUGAAAAAAUACAAAUAUAUGAUGAAUUAAGCGUAAGUGAACCAAAUCGAAGGAAUAGAAAAAAAAGAAAAAAAAAAGGUAAUAAUAACGAUGAAGCAGCAAAACCAAUGAAACAAAUGAUUAGAAUAAAUUAUUUAUUGCAAGCAUCAUUUUUAAUGAAUCACUUUAGCCCCAAUAUAUCUAGGGAAUAUAUAAAAACUAUGAGAAGACUUUCUAACAAGUUUUUAAUAAAAUAUGAUAAAAAAUUCAAAAAGUUGUUUUGCAAAAAGUGCAAUUCAGUUCUAAUCCCAAGUGUAACUUGCAAAGUUUCUGUUAACCCACUGAACUUACCGAAAAACAAAACUAAAAAAAAUGAACAUGUGCAAGAUUUUACAAGCACAAAUAAUAAUUUUAAGUCAAGAGAUGAAUAUCUGGUUUAUUACAAGUGCAACCACUGUCAGCAUAACACAAAAUUUGUUUAUGAAAAUAACUCAACUGUUCCUCAUGAAAAAGAAAACCAAGUCCUUCGAUAA